UCAUCUGUUCGGACGAAUCGUGCGGCCAGGAGCUGUGAUGACCCACGCACCAACGGCGCGGAUUGGACCUAGAACAUCGUGUGGAUAAGUGUGACCUGGCCACGUAUGCUGCAAGUGAGGGCUCAGGACUGAACUGACAGGCAGCGACCAAUCGGCCGGUGGACAUGGCGAUGGUUGCUGCUGCGGCGGCGGCAUCCACCUGCAUCAUCAGGUGCGCCUCCCCUGGCCCGCCUCGCUCGCGCGUCAGGGCGCAGGCGACGUCGUGGGCCGGCGGCGCCGAGGCGCUGGUGCGGUCGGGCGCGGUGAAGGCCGUGCGGCCCAAGGACGCGGCGGAGGCGCUGGGCGGUGAGGGGUUCAGGCUGCUGGACGUGCGGCCGCCGUGGGAGCGCGCCCGCGCCGGCGUGCGGGGCUCGGCGCACGUGCCGCUGUUCGUGGGGGACGACGACAUGGGCCCCGUGACUCUGCUCAAGAAGUGGGUCCACUUCGGCUACAUCGGGCUCUGGACUGGCCAGGCCUUCACCAAGAUGAACGACUGCUUCGUCGACGACGUCGCCGCCGCCGUCGCCGGCGACGGCGGCAAGGACGCCAAGCUCCUCGUCGCCUGCGGCGAAGGCCUCAGGUCGCUGAUCGCGGUGAGGAUGCUGCACGACGACGGGUACCGGAACCUGGCGUGGCUCGCCGGCGGGUUCAGCAAGUGCGCCGACGGCGACUUCCCGGACGUGGAGGGGGAGAGCAAGCUGCAGUACGCCACCAUCGGGGGCGCGUCCUACAUCUUCCUCCAGAUCCUGCUGCUGCUGGGGGUCGUGAAAUGAUCCACGAGCGCCCCAGCACGUACUCUCCCCAUGUCCCUCCCGACUUUUGCUCCGAUCCCCUUUGCUCGGUUUUUGCUAGCAGUAUAACCAUCAAUGUACUUCCAAUCUGGUUGCAGAAUAGUAGAUGUAGAUUCGCGGCUACUGAGUUUGUCGCAGCUAGUUAUUCAAAAAAAAAAAAAGUUUGUUGUAGCUGGACUUCGCAUUGACGCGGCGAAAAAUGUGUCUCUUCUCUUUA